UUUCUUCGUAGUGCAUUCUGGGGAAUGUGGUUCGCUGUGGCCCAGAGGCGCGAGGGCCGGCGGAGUUUCUUCAGAGGAACUACAGCCCUGGGAGGAAGCGUCUAUUUAGUUUCAACACAGACGACUGGGCUUGGGAGCCUACGGGGUUGCAGUCUGGAGGGCGCCAACAGCAGCUGCCAGGGCUGCUUUUCCUGAACACGCUGCAAGCACGUCAAGGUAGUCGGAGGCCCCUAACAAUGGAUAAAUUCGUCAUUCGAACGCCUAGAAUCCAGAAUAGCCCUCAGAAGAAAGAUUCUGGAGGAAAGGUUUACAAGCAGGCCACGAUUGAAUCUCUGAAGAGAGUUGUGGUUGUAGAAGACAUAAAAAGAUGGAAAACUAUGCUGGAGCUUCCUGAUCAAACCAAAGAGAAUCUCAUUGAAGCCUUACAAGAAUUAAAGAAGAAAAUACCCUCCAGGGAAGUGUUAAAAUCAACAAAGAUAGGUCACACUGUGAACAAGAUGCGUAAACACUCAGAUUCAGAAGUGGCUUCUCUUGCCAGAGAAGUUUACACUGAGUGGAAAACUUUCAUUGAAAAACAUUCAAAUAGACCUUCUAUUGAAGUUAGAAGUGAUCCCAAAACCGAGUCGUUUAGGAAAAAUGCCCAGAAAUUACUCUCAGAAGCCUUGGAAUUAAAGAUGGAUCACCUACUGGUUGAAAAUAUUGAGCGGGAAACGUUUCAUCUCUGCUCCCGCCUCAUUAAUGGGCCGUACCGGCGGACGGUGAGAGCCCUGGUCUUCACAUUAAAGCACCGAGCUGAAAUCCGGGCUCAGGUGAAGAACGGCUCGCUGCCAGUCGGCACGUUUGUACAGACCCACAAAAAGUGACCUGAGGACGGUUCCAGCCCUGGGCCAGGCAGAGAAGAAAAUGGGCCCCUCUCUGCCGUUCAAAGACGCUUUUGAGUUUGGGUGAUGGCUGAUGCUGGCUGUGCUAGAUUUUCCCAUGGUGCCAUUCCUUUGCAGACAGAGGAUUCGGAGAGCCCUAGGAGACAGGCCUGCAGGAAUGUGCUUCAUUAGCUGGAGUGCGCUGGUGCUGCCUAACAGAACGCACACUGGCUGUCACUAGGAAGCGCCAUACGGUUGCUAUCACCCAACAUGGUGAAAGGGUGAUGGAUUUCACUGUGAGUAUGCCAAGGACACCUCUAAACUUCCCCCUGUCAGGCAGAUGAAGUUACUACUUUAUUUCACCACCCUGCAGGUAACUGAAACUCAAUUACCGCUGCCGCUCACUCGGUUCCAUCCCCCUGAGUUUAGAUAGCUCUGGUGCCUCUCAGAACUCCCCUGUCUGUUCUCUUUGCUCUACCCCAGGGGUGAGCCUGCCAGAGCCAGCCGACUACCCCUUCUUCCCAGAGCUCACUUAUCUGAACGUUUCAGCUCUCCCUGGAAGACCUUCUGCGUUGGUCUCCAGAGCCCCCAUGCUGAGGCUACUAAUGAGGAACUGGCCCGAAGCCUCCCACACCUCCGGGUUUAUUUGAAUACGCUGGCGCUCUCAGUUUAGGGCUCUGUAGAAGAUACAUAAUGAAAUUUCUCUUGAAAUGAAUUACUGCAGUAGAAAAAAGUACAUACAUAUAUAUGUUAAAGUGAAUAUCUCUACACAGGCCUGUUUUAACAAUUAUGUAAAUAAUACUUGUUUUUUUAAAAGUAAUGAUAAGCUGGGACUUUUUUUUUCUCAAACAAAAGAUGGAGUUUGUUCACUGAAGAGUGUUUUGGGUUGAGAAAGGGUACAUUUGGUGAAAUUAAAAAAUGAUGGAACAAGGAUUUGAGGAAGGUAGAAGACUCAAGGAAGUGGGGAUUAGAUUAGAGGAUACCGGAGCAUGUUUGUAAUCUGAAAGGAAGGAGCUGGUAGAAAGGGAGAGAUUUAAAAUAAAAAAUAAAAAAAAAAAGAGUUGAAAAACAAGGGGAGAAGGGAUGGGACUAACAUUAUUGCCUAACUUCUAAAUGCUAGGCACUUCUCCUAAGACAGUUUAUUAACAUUUACAUGGAUCAAAAACAAGGGGAGAAGGGACGACACUAACAUUAUUGCCUACCUUCUAAAUGCUAGGUACUUUUCCUAAGACAGUUUAUUAACAUUUACCUGGAUC